AUGUCUUCUUCACAUUUACAUACUUCACAAAAAAAUGACAACAAUAAUAUUAAUACUAAUGAAAGGUAUUAUUGUUAUCGACAUAAAUUAGAUCUAAAGAGAAAUUCUAUGAAUUCUAAUGAAUCUACCAUGCUUGAGAAUUUACAACAGACAGUUCUGAUUUCUUCCUACACCGAAAUCGAAUUGGUAGAGAUGUGA